AUGACGACUAGCGGCGUCGCUCCAAACCCGAGCCCGGCUAACAAGCUGCUGGGCAAGGUUCAGGAUACCGACCAAGUCUCUCGACACCCUUCGCCUCAACCCACCCACUUCUCAGUACCGCUGGGGACUCUGGGCGGCAAUGGCCACAGGGUUCUACGCUCCGCUACUGUGGGAUAUAUUGCGCCCGAGUUUAAGGGGCGUGAUGAGCAGAUAGAGCAAGUCAAGAGCCUUAUCCUUAAGCAAGGAUGGAUUCCCGAAUCGCAUCUUGACGAGCAGGUCUCGUGGUUCUACAACGAGCUAGGCAUCGACGAUGUCUACUUCCAGAUGGAAAGCGUCGAUGUUAUUGCGACCCACAUCACCUCCAUGUAUGCUGCCAAAGUUGCUGCUUACGCUCGCGUGGACAAGCGCGAGGAGAUCCGUCUGGACAUGGAAGCUACUGACCACGCCAUAUAUAUCGACACAAGCGAACCUGGUAAGAGCUCGUUGCACGGCCCGCGGUUCGAAAACAGGCUCGAGGAGAAGUAUCUCGACCAUUCCGACCCCAACAAGCGCUUCAGGGUUGAAACGUUCCGCUCCCCUGGUACCGUCUCUAACGAUCCUUCAUCCAAGGCUUCUCUGCGAUGCUACUUUGUAUAUCAGUGCCAGUUUGUGGAUGCAAACCCGGAGCCGGGUGAGACGCGUCUCGAGGUCAUUAGCGAUCGUAUGUUCCUGACGAAGGCAACUAAGAACACCAAGCAGGUCUACGGUGACAUUAUCAAGCUCGCCGUUACCAGGAAUGGACCCGUCAUCGAGGUCUUUGAUAUCGAGGGCUCCGAGGAGAAGCGUCUCGUCACGGCUUUCCGUUCUCGUACUGCCAGGGGUAUUUUCAGCGCCAUGAGCGACCUUUACCACUACUAUGGUGUCACAAGCACCAGGAAGUAUGUAGAGCAAUUCUCCAACGGCAUCACAGUCAUGAGUAUCUACCUGAAGCCGGCGACGAACAUAGACACCAAACCCAUGCCGAUCGAGCUGUCGAUUCACCAGAUCACCAAGGAGAUUUCCCUUCUGUACUGCAUACCCCAGAACAAACUUCACUCCUUGUUUGCCUCUGGUGCGCUAAGCUUGCAGGAGACAGUCUAUGGCCACUGCGUCUGGGUCUUCGUUCAGCACUUCCUGAACCGCCUUGGCACAGAGUACGUGUCCAUCAAGCAAGCUUUAGAUUCUAAGAAUCCGGCGCAUGUGGAGAUCCUAUCUAAGCUGAAGCGCCGUCUCCGUACAGAGACGUUCACGCCGGAUUACAUACUUGAGAUUAUCUCGUCCUACCCUAAAUUAGUACGCCUGCUGUAUGCCGCAUUUGCUAGCAUACAUCUAAGCGUCGGUCCCGGUUUUGAGAAGAGCAUAAUUGCGCCGACACCGGCCGUAGAAGUACUGUCGGAUGCCCGGCUUAAGGAGGCGAUCACCCGAGAAGUGUCUAAUGAGCACGACGAAAUGGUGAUGACAGCCUUCCGCAUCUUCAACAAUGCCAUCUUGAAGACCAACUACUUCACGCCCACGAAAGUGGCUCUCAGCUUCCGUCUCGACCCAUCCUUCUUGCCAGAGAUUGAAUAUCCUCGACGUUUGUACGGCAUGUUCCUCGUGAUUAGCGCAGAAGCCCGCGGCUUUCAUUUGCGCUUCAAGGAUGUUGCCCGAGGCGGUAUCCGAAUUGUCAAGUCCCGCAGCAAGGAAACUUACAGCAUCAAUGCUAGGAACCUCUUUGACGAGAACUAUGCUCUCGCAAGCACCCAACAGCGCAAGAACAAGGACAUCCCCGAAGGCGGUUCGAAGGGUGUGGUCCUCCUCGACGCCAAGCAGCAGGACCGUGCUCGGGAGGCGUUUGAGAAGUACAUUGAUAGUAUCUUGGAUCUUCUCCUCCCUGCCGAGACCCCUGGUAUCAAAAACCCUAUUGUAGACCUUUACCGUAAAGAAGAGAUUCUUUUCCUAGGUCCGGAUGAGAACACUGCAGACCUCGUCGAUUGGGCCACCGAGCACGCUCGCGCCCGAGGUGCGCCGUGGUGGAAGUCCUUCUUCACUGGCAAGUCGCCUAAACUUGGUGGCAUCCCUCACGAUGCAUACGGCAUGACGACAUUGUCCGUUCGUGAGUUUGUCAAGGGUAUCUACCGAAAGAUGAAUUUAGACCCCUCCCAGGUGAGGAAGAUGCAGACCGGAGGUCCGGACGGCGACCUUGGCAGCAACGAAAUCAUUCUGAGUAACGAGAAGUACACGGCCAUCGUGGAUGGAUCUGGUGUGCUCGUCGAUCCCAACGGUAUCGACAAGGACGAGCUCGUACGCUUGGCCAAGAAGCGUGUCAUGAUCUCGCAGUUCGACCUCUCCAAGCUGUCUAAGGAUGGCUUCAGAGUCCUAUGUGACGAUAGCAACGUCACAUUGCCGACCGGCGAAGUUGUUCCUAACGGCACGUCCUUCCGCAACUUUUACCAUCUCAGAGACACCGGUCUGACUGACAUCUUCGUUCCUUGCGGCGGCCGUCCCGAGUCGAUCGACCUUUCUACAGUUUCCAAGUUGAUUAGGGAUGGCAGGACGGCGAUUCCUUACAUCGUGGAGGGUGCUAAUCUAUUCAUCACCCAAGACGCCAAGUUGCGUCUCGAGCAGGCUGGUUGCAUUCUAUUCAAGGAUGCAUCUGCUAACAAGGGUGGUGUAACCUCGUCGUCUCUCGAAGUCCUCGCCUCGCUUAGCUUUGACGACGAGGGAUUUGCCGAGAAUAUGUGCCACAACGCGAACGGCGAAGCCCCAGAGUUCUACAAGGCGUACGUCAAGCAAGUACAAGCCACCAUCUGCGAAAACGCUCGUCUCGAAUUCGAGGCGAUCUGGCGAGAGCACGAGCAGACCGGUGUACCGCGGUCCGUGCUUUCCGACACACUUUCCCUUGCCAUUACGACUCUAGAUGAAGAGCUUCAGAAAUCAGACCUAUGGGAGAACCCUAAAAUUCGGAGGGCCGUUCUUGCAGAUGCUUUGCCCAAGUUGCUCAUCGACAAGAUCGGUCUAGACACCAUCAUCAGCCGCGUACCCGACUCGUACCUUCGCGCCAUCUUCGGAAGUUACCUUGCUUCCCGCUUCGUGUACGAGUUUGGCAGCAGCCCUAGCCAAUUUGCUUUCUAUGCUUUGUAA